AUGUCAAAUUCACCGCAAGACGCAUUGAUUUGUCCAAUUACGUAUGAAAUAUUUCGUAAUCCUGUUGUAGCUGAAGAUGGUCACACGUAUGAGAAAGAAGCAAUAGUCGACUGGAUUAAUAAAGAUGGUACCAGCCCUAUUACACGAGAGCGAUUAACGGUUGAUGGAUUAAGGCCAAACUAUACGGUAAAAAAAUUAGUCGAUGAAUUUGAAAAAAGCCUCCAGAAAAAAAAUUACCAGUUUCGAUUAGGCGUAGAUGUGAAAAAAUCUCGCAAAGCGUUGUUCCAAACGUUUGGAAAAUCUAUUUUCGAGGCCGAGUGGUUAACAAAAGACAACAAAGGUCCUAGAAUCGUUCUGAUGAAGAUUGAUGGUGCCCGAGCAAAAAAAGAAGCGUCAUUCUAUGUUGAUCUAAGUCGGCACCCACAUAUCGUCCGAACAUUUGGUUUAGUUGACGACAAUUUUCAAGAUAACAAUAAUAAACCGACUAACUCUGUUAUGUUACUUCAAGAGUACGCGCCCGAAGGUAGUCUAUACGAAUUACUUCAAGAACUGAAUACUGUGCCAAACGAGCAAAUCCUCCUUCAAAUGUUUAUACAAACUACAGACGCUAUGGUCUUUUUGGUGCACAAUGGUAUUAUUCACGGUGAUUUGGCGUGCAGAAAUAUACUCGUAUUCCGUUUCGACGAGCAAGAACCAAGACAGAAUCUUGUCAAAAUAACAGAUUUUGGUCUUAGCCGUCAUAGUUCGAUAUAUGCGACAGCAAAUAGUGUCGCAAGGACAACUCUUAACAUUGUACCUACCAGAUAUGCAGCACCAGAGAUUCUUAAUAACAAUGGGAAGUCGAGUUCUUAUACAGAAAAAUCCGACGUUUAUUCAAUGGGUAUUACAAUGUGGGAAGCUUAUAGCAAAGGUACAAUUCCCUGGUCUCAAAUUGACAAUGAUGAAGAAGUUCGUCGCAUGGUUGUCAAUGGGGAAAUACUCUCUCAACCAGCAAAUUGUCAGGAUGAAAAGUGGAAAAUCAUAACUACAUCUUUGUCCAAAAAACCCGAAGAUCAGAUUACAACGAUACCAUGUGAAUUAUGUGGUGAAUUAAUCGAAUUUAACGAAUUUCAAGCUCACAUGCAACCGUGCGCCGAAAUGGAAAAAAGACGAUUGCAGCGAAAAGCACCGUACGUAAUACAAGACGAAACAUGA